AUGUCUCGACAAAGCAACGCAGCUCGUAAUCUGUCUUUGACAGAAGAGCUCGAGAGACUGGAACAAUCCAUCACCCUCACUCUCCAAGAAAUCGAUCACAACUUCAGCAAGUCGCAUCGCAUCGUGACUACAAGCAUCCUCCCCCUAGUCGAGCAGUAUGGAGAACAUUCGCGCGCUGUAUGGGAGGCAUCAAAGUUCUGGAAACAGUUCUUCGAGGCCUCGGCCAACGUUUCCCUCUCCGGCUACGAAGAGCUCGCGAACGAUGACGAGACGACCAAUGUUGAGGAGAGCACGGCCAUGAGGGAAGAUACCACCGCGGACUAUACCGCCCAACAUGAUGAUGACAUGACGGCCACGACCGGCGCCGAGCAUUCCACCUUCCACGCCGACGACUCGCUCCUCGAUGAUGCCGAGCUCUCGGGCAGCACCCCCCGACCCCCAGCGUCCAAGACCCGGACGCGAUUCUCCGAUAUGCAGUCGCCGUAUGAAACCAUGAAGCGAGAGAUGCAGGACGAGGAGGAUGAGACGACCGUGCUGCAAGAUAACGAGGACUCGACCGUCCUAUUCGCCCAGCACACCGCCAGACUUCCAGACAUGGCCAUGACGCCACGGAACAAGUUUGACGACGAUCAUACAAUCGAACAAUCGGCGCAAGCGAACAAGGAUCCCCUGCUCCAUCGCCUCCUCGACAAGAACUACCGCAUCCAGGCCACACCACACAAACCCGCCUAUCGUAUCUCCCCCCUCAAGAGCAACCAGCCCAAGAAGGAGACCCCCGCAUGGAAGGACGACUCUCCCGGCUCGUCCCCCGAGAUGGCAGUGCCCACCCUCCGCAGCGAGGCAUUCAUGUCGCCGUACAAGAGCAACGCCCGGCAGCGCCUCGCAGCAGCCACGCAGGGUCCCAGAACGCCUGGCGUCAGCGUGCAGACGCCGGCGACGGCGAGGAAGACGCGAGAUGUAUUUGCUGAAGAAAGUACUAUUGCUAGUGGAAAGAAGAAGUAUGAGAUUGACUGGGAGAGCGACGAGGAGGACGAGGAUAUUGAUCUUUACGCUGGCAUGAGUCCACCCAAGACGAUCCAGUUUGCCCUGCCUCCAUCUAAGCUUUUACAGACACCUGCACGAGAAGCCAGCCAGAGAAUUGUUGGCGAUAUUCUCCUCGAUGCCGGCGUUGAUCCAGACUCAUCCGAGUACAGCCCUACCAUGGUCAAGAUGAACGAGGAUAUUCUCAACGAUAGUUUCUAA